AUGGUUCCUUCCAAAAGUAAAACAGCAGCGGUUUUUUGCGUAAUGUAUAGAGUCGAAGAAAUCCCAGAAGGAGGAGAAUGUUGCUCUAGACAAGAAGUCGUUGAAACGAACCAUUGAGGAAGUCGAGUCUGUAGAGCUUAUAAUUUUGGCAAUAAUAAACAGGAAAAUAGU